UCCCGAGGGAAACCCCGUCCGCGAUUGGACAUCUUGACAUCAUGUGGACCUUCCGUCACGUGUUCUUGGAGGCAAUGGGAGGUGGGGGAUGAGAAAUACAGGGUGGGGUGUGUGUGUGUGUGUGUGUGUGUGUGUGUGUGUGUGUGUGUGUGUGUGUGUGAAAAUCUAGACAGUAAUACCCCACCAAUAAUUCACUGUCGCUCCUAAAAAGAUCGACCUUAAACCACCCAGGCCCACAAAUCACCGGAGCCAAAUUAUGAGUUCGCUGGACUUUGCCAACGCGCUGUUUACCAAAUACCAACAAUCCGCAAUGACCUGCCCUGUUCUGCUUUCAGCGGACGCUUCAACGUCUCACUGUCCGUCUUCCUCUUCUUCUCCCGCCGUGUCUUCUUCGUGCGCCUUAGUGUCCAGAGGAUAUCGCCACCAUUAUGCAUCCAAUGAGAGAGGCAGCAGUAGAGUCCAGUUUCCUCCCUCUUCUUCUUCUCCUCCCUCUUUCUCUUCUCCUUUGUCAUUUGGUUCUUCUCUUUCGGGACUAAACGGGAGCAUCAGAGGUGUUGAGCCUACAGAAAUACGCUCAGAAGGAGGUUGUAACUCACUGGGAGUUCGACCGCUGAGGUGCCCCGCAGAGCUGUUCCCACUCAAUCGGACUCAGUUAUUCUCGCAGGCUCCGAGGCUUCCUGAGCCGACCUCCAGGAGGCAGAGCAGCCCCGAUAAAAGAAGGCUAAACCAUGGGAGACUGUGUAUUUACCCCUGGAUGAAAAGCUCAGGCUCUGACAGACGAAGAGGCCGACAGACGUACACGCGGCACCAAUCGCUCGAGCUGGAGAAGGAGUUCCACUUCAACCGGUACCUAACACGUAAAAGGCAGUUAGAGGUCGCGCACGCGCUCGGCCUCACAGAGAGACAAAUCAAGAUCUGGUUCCAAAAUCGGAGGAUGAAGUGGAAAAAGGAGAACAUUGUGACCACAGCAGUGAGUCGAGAAGAAGAGGAGGCGGUCGAUGAGGAGGACUGAUGUGUGACUAUAGAUUUUAAGAGAUAAGACAAAAUGUACCAGAAUUUACAGGAUAGGGUGAUUUUCUACACAGAACUCUUCUGUUACAGUUCAAGAAUCCUAGACUCCUUCUUGUUAUUGCCUCAAGUGAUUUCCGGCAGAAAGGCACAAGAUGGUUGUUGAUGCAAUGAAUGAAACAGCAGCACUUGUGACUUCUGUAGAUUCGUGUUAAUAAUAUCUAUUCCAUGUGCAAUUAUGUAUGUAUACAUUUUUAUGUUUGAAAAAGUCUGAGCCCAUAUUAGCCGGUAUACAAAUCAAAAUCCAAGAGCUAUACCUACCUAGCUUUUUGUUUGUUUGUUUGUUGUUUUCUGUCUUGGCUAUCCAUCAAACGAAAUCUUUUUGAGAAUUUACAGCUAUCAAUAUCCAACACUUUCUGGUAUUACUGUUCUUAUUAUCAGUUCAAAGCGAAAGUAGGCAAUCCCCUCCUCAAUAUUUUGAUUUGUUCCCUCAAUAUUAAGGAGAAGAGGUUAAUUUUUACAAAAAAACAAAAAACAAAAAAAACAAAAAAAAACAUAGUUUAAUGCUACUAAUAGAUUUAACAGUAAGAUUUGUUUUAAAUGACUCACCAGGAAUUCUGCUUAAUGAGAAAAACUCUACGGUAGGAAGAAUUGUCAGCGAGCAGUACUGCAUUAUACUUCUCUAUGUUUUGUGUUAUCUAGUGUCUGAAAGUUCUGUUUUACCUUAGAAGACGUUGUUACCAUAAAUGUAUAAAGAAAAGACAAACUUGAAGGGCAAGAUUCGGAAGUGUUUGACUCUUCCAGGGGGAUGACCACCGCGAUGUUCAAACGAAACGGACACCCAUGUAUUAUUAUAUUCAUCCAGUGAUUAUACGUCCAGUAAAUAUGGAUCUUUAGUGUGGUGGCAGAUACAGAACCCUACCCUACAGACACACAGGUAAGUACUGCAUACCGAGACAUUUCAUAUGAAACAUUCAUGUGGUAAGGUGUUCCAACAAAUUUCGUUGCAGCAGAAGGCUGAUUUUUAUCGUAAAUGAUCACGUUUUUAAAAUAAAAUAAAAAUUAAUCGACUGUUUCCACCAGUGCUUCCUUACUUAGUUGCUCAUAUACAGUUUAUGUUAGCGCAUUACACUGCUUAUAUACUGAAAAUAUCAUUUUAGUGACAAAUAUUUAGAAAAAUGAAGACUGAAUAUAAUUUUUUUUCUAAACUUCAUUUUUAACAGUCACUUAUUCUAAAAGAUGUGCUUGUAGAUAUAAUUGAUGCUAGCACAUUAUUCUUCGAGCCAUGUAAAACUAAAAGAUUAUAAUGUAAUAAAAUACAAGAUUUGGUAUCUAGUGUAAUAAAAUAUUAGUACAAAACGCA